AUGAGCUCACGUAGAGAGGAGUGUGGAGCUGCUGCGGCUGAGGCUGACUCCACCCCAGGCCACCUUACAUGCUUCCUGCCUUCUUCUUUACUGUCCCGGGGCAAUGCUUUACGCUUAGCGUGUUUGUGCGAGAGCAGUGCAGCCUUGGAUCCAUCGUGGAACCACAGUCCAGCCGGACGCCCGGCCUUCGGGCCGGAGACGCUCCAAACCAGCAACUACUCUCUGGUGUUACUGAUUCAGCUCAGCCUGCUCUCCUUCGACCUGUUUGUCAACUCCUUCAGCGAGCUGCUGAGGACUGAACCAGCUGUGCAACUGGUACUCUUCAUUAUGCAGGACAUUUCCAUCCUGUUCAACGUGAUCAUCAUUCUGUUGAUGCUGUUUAACACCUUCGUGUUCCAGAUCGGCCUGGUGGCCAUAUUGCUGGAGCGGUUUAGAUCUCUGCUAAUGUUCUCUGCUCUCUAUUUGACCUUCAGUAUCAUACUCCAUUCCUGGCUUACGAAUCUGCGCUGGCUAAAUAGCAACAGAUUUAUUUGGACGGAUGGCCUUCAGGUGCUGUUUGUAGUCCAAAGAGUCGGUUCUGUGUUGUACUACUACUUUUACAAGCGGACCACAGAGUAUUUGGGUGACCCUCGACUUUAUGAGGACUCGCCGUGGCUACGAGAGGUCUUUGUUCGGGCAAGACAUUGAUCUCGCUACAACAGAGCACAUAGUGGA